AGCCUGAUAUAUAUAAAGACAAUCCAAACAACUAUUGUGUAGUGAAUGUGCAGACAAUCAUCUAAUCGGACCAUAACUAUGGAUCUGUUGUGUAUUGAACCGAACAGAGAGCCGAAAGCCAUCAGUGAUCCCGUCUUUCUCGAUGACGACAGAAUCCUUAAGAAUCUAAUGAUAACUGAAGAACGUUAUAUCAUAUCGUCUUCAUAUUUCAAGUGCUUCCAGACAGAGAUCAAGCCAUACAUGAGAAAAGUGGUGGCAAACUGGAUGCUUGAGGUGUGUGAAGAAGAGCGCUGUCAAGAAGAAGUAUUUCCAUUGGCAAUGAAUAUAUUGGACCGGUUUCUAGCAAUUGUCAAAAUCCGUAAAAGUCAGUUACAAUUACUCGGCAGUGUUUGCCUAUUCUUAGCGUCCAAAUUAAGGCAAACCCGUCCCCUCUCUGCCGAAAAACUUAUUGUAUAUACAGACAAGUCUAUCACAAUCGACGAGUUAAUGGGUUGGGAGUUAUUAGUAUUGAAUCGACUGAAGUGGGAUUUGGCAGCAAUUACUCCGAACGACUUCUUAAAUAUACUUAUCCGAAGACUUCAUAAGUGGCCAAAAGUGUCUGAAGUACAGAAACUGAUCAAAAAACACGCGCAAACAUUCAUCGCAUUAUGUGCUGCAGACUGGACAUUCUCGAUAUUCCCGCCAUCCAUGUUGGCCGCCGCCAGUAUAACGACCGCCAUCGAGGGCCUGACCCGACUCGAAAACAAUAAUGUCUGUUAUCCGAUACCAAUGAUUAAUCAAUUGCAUCAAAUCACGGGAUUAGAACUGGAUCUGUUGCGUGAAUGUCAGCUCCAGAUUGAGCGCAUAAUGUCAUCUCAUUUAUCAGCUGACAUCAAGAGUGCCAACUCUGAAAACUAUCCGCAAAAGUUUACAGAUACCAGAGUUAACAAUAUAGCCAAUACCGGGCCGACGACAACAGAGAUGGUGUACCCAAUGAAACAUCAAACAUAUAUCGAUACCGACGACUGUUCACUUAAUAAUAAUAAUAAUGAGAAAUCAAUGGCUGAAGUCCGGGAUAUUCACUAUUGAAAGGCAUCGUGUGAUCAGACAUUUCAACAAAUAAAAAAAAGAGGAAGAAAACAAUUAAUUUAAUUUUCAAUUUUUUUGUUGGUUGAAUCGCAGCUCAAUUUUGUUUGUUUGUUUUAAUGAUAUAUCUAUAUC